UCUCUUCUUCUUUCUCCUCUUCACUCUCUGCUCGAUGUGCAGAAAAACUGUGAUAUGCAAAGUUCGCGAACCCGGUGUUGGUCAUACUCUUAAUGCAGAAACAACACCCAAGGUUGUUCGUGUUUCAGUAAUGGAUCCGGAGAUCACUGAUUCUUCGAGUGACGAGGAGGAAUAUCAACAGUAUCAAGGACGACGAACCAAAGUGAAUUCGAAACACAUUGUAAACGAGAUAAGAAUUUUGUAUCCGCCAUCUCACAACACCACCAAGGUGCAAAGAUCUAAACAGCAACAACAACAGAACAAGGGCAAAAAAGUGGUUGUAGCUGCCAUGAAAGCUUCUUCUUCUUGUUCUCAAGAGGGUAGGAAGCUACGCGGCGUUAGGCAAAGGCCAUGGGGAAGAUGGGCCGCGGAGAUCCGAGACCCUGUGAAGCGUACGAGGUUGUGGUUAGGAACCUACGACACUGCCGAAGAAGCCGCCAUGGUUUAUGACAGAGAAGCCAUUCGCCUUCGAGGUUCUCAUGCUCAAACUAAUUUCCUCAAGCCUCCAAAGGAGGAAGAAUAUGAUGAACAAGUUUUUGAUAUCAACAAUAUGAAGAACAUGCCUUCUCCUACUUCUCCUACUUCUCCCACUUCUGUUCUUCUAUUUAAGUCUGAUGGAUCUGGAAGUAAGGUUUCAGGAGAGGAUCAAAGCGAGUUCAGAGAUGAAUCUCCUUCUUCUUCCUAUUUUCAGGAUGCAUUGUUUUUAGAUUCACCUUCUAUUGAUUUUUGUUUAUCGGAUUUUGAGACUCCUCCCCCAAUAUUUCUUGAUGAAACUUGCCUACCCCAUCUUAUUUUCAGUGACAGCAAUUUCAGUGAUGCUACCAUUGACCAGUCUAUUGAAUUAUGUAAUUUCGAUUUAGAUGAUUACUUUUGCAGUGAUCAAGAGGAAGCUUUUCAUGUUUAGAAACCGGAAUAUAUAGUGGAUUAGUGAGGAGUGGUGUUUUGGACUUUUGUUCCUUUUUUUCUAUGUUUUCUUAGGCUAGCUCAUGAGUGAUGGGACAUGUAAUUAGAGAUGGAGCAUGUGUGAAUUUAUCAUCAGUUUUGAUCUUUUUUCAUAUUUGUUUUGUAAGGAUGUUAUUAAU